AGCAAGACUUGCAAACAAAGACAAAGCAGACAAAACUUUUGGACGUUUUUCCUCGUGAGACAGCAUGGCAUCUGCAGGACUACAGAUCUUGGGCAUUGCCCUCGCCAUCAUUGGCUGGAUCGGGGCCAUCGUCUGCUGUGUUCUCCCCCAGUGGAAAGUGACGGCCUUCAUCGGCGCCAACAUCGUCACGUCUCAGACCAACUGGGAGGGCAUCUGGAUGACCUGUGUUCACCAGAGCACGGGCCAGAUGCAGUGCAAGGUCUACGACUCCAUGCUGGCGCUGAGCAGUGACCUCCAGGCGGCCCGCGCCCUCACCAUCAUCUCCAUCCUCGUUGGCAUCCUCGCCCUCCUCCUCGCCAUCGCAGGGGGGAAAUGCACCAACUGCAUCGAGGACGAGAGGGCCAAAACCAAGGUGUGCAUCACAGCCGGAGUCAUGUUCAUCAUUUCUGGCCUUCUGUGCAUCAUUCCCGUCUCCUGGACGGCUAGCACCAUCAUCAAAGAGUUCUACAACCCAUAUGUAAACAGCUCACAGAAAAGGGAAAUUGGAGCUUCUAUUUACAUCGGUUGGUGUUCGACAGUGUUGCUUCUGAUCGGAGGGAUCAUCCUGACCACAUCCUGUCCUCCCAAUAAGCCCUAUUAUCCAGCCUACAGAGCGCCGAUGUACACCUACGGGCGCCCGAACACGGCGGCGUACGGUCCAGUGUACGCGGCGCCGUCCAACCAGCCGUACACCGGGACGUACACCGGGAGCUACGUCCCCGCCAAACCCUACGCAGCUCCAAGCGCAUACUCUGCUCAGCCAUACGUCAGAAACUGAAACUCUGGUUUGCACUGUAUCAUAAAACUGCAUCUCAACAGAUACUGUAUUUUUAAAAGACGCUUUGUAAUCCAGCAAAAUGUGAUGUAAAAGUACUUUAUUCAAUAGCUCUGAUUCUGGAGGAAUGUUGUUCCCUCUUUCCUGUGUAACUCAUGCAUCGCU